UCUCGCUGACUACACGCGAUACCAACCGGUGCCUCUACCAACAAUAAAAAAAAAAUAAAGACGCGAUGACCGAGAAAAGCGCGCCAACUGGAAAGUUUUAAUAUUUUUUAGUUUACGUGAAAUUUUAGUAAACUGUUGAAAGUGUUGUGCGUAUUGUUUAACUAGUGUAUGGACAUUGAUUAAUUAUUUAAAAUGAAACUAAAUUGUCUUUAUUUGGUGUUGGCGAGCGUGUGGUGCGGCGCGUUGUGCCAGCAGGUCCCCGCGCCCGUCGCCCCCGCAGCGCCCGCCAGCAGUACGGAGAGCGAGGAGCCACCGGAGGGUUACUAUGCCUUCGUCGAGUCACCCAAUGCCACACCUCCAAGAGUGCGUCCUCCUCCGUACCGGCAGUCGUCAGCGGAGUGCGGGGGACGUGCUGGUGGUGUGGGGGGUGCGGGAGGUGCGGGGGGAGGUCGUGCGCACGUCACCGCCCUCAACCUGUGCGGCGACCUGAACCGCGGCCUCGUGCCCCGCAACCCGCUCGGACAGUUGCCGCACGGACAGCCUUACCCAUUCGAGUUAAUCCGCAACGAGACGCUGAGGUUCCUGUCCCGCACUCUGCCGGUACUGCGCGCAGACGACGCGCUGCCCCGCGUCGCGCACGUCCCGCACCCGCCCGACACCGCACACUACCCCGCGGAUAGCGCUCAGUACCCCGCGACCGGCGCACACUACCCCGCGGAUCGCGCUCAGUACCCCGCGACCGGCGCACACUACCCCGCCGAGCUGCCGCAGCUAGCGGACAUCAAUGGCAACAGAUUGGAGGAGAGGGCGCGGCGGUCGCUGGAGCAGGGUGCGGGGGCGGAGGGGCCGCGCGAGAGUCGCAAGUUCUGUGAGGGCGGCGGAGUGUUGUGCAUGCUGUACCGUGCGAUCAACGGCGACUCCGCCGCGGGCCCGGAGCGCCGCGAGGACCCCGGCGCUCCGGCUCCAGUCCCUGCCCGCUAUGAGGGUCCGCCGACGCCAUGUCCCGCGCGCGUGGAGUACGCGACGCCGGUGUUCGCGCGCAACUACCAGGGCGUGUGGCGCUACGUCGUGCAGAUACCAUACGAGGGAUACUUCACACAGACCGUCGAGGUCACCAGAUGCAUGCAGUCGCGCUGCCACUUCCUGGAGGGAGGAUGUCUCAGCUCCCCGCGCUGGGUGUCGCUGCUGGUCGCCGAGCUGCACCACCAGCCCCAGCCACAACAUGAGGAGGCGCAGGACGGCAGCUCUGAGAAGUCCGUGCAUUGUGAUACCAACACAUCACAAGGCUGCUAUCAGGUGCGGCUGUACUACGACUGGUUCCUGGUGCCGGGCUCCUGCAAGUGUUGGAGACCAGACUACUUCGCGCGCUAUGUGCGCAGACAUCACGAGCUCUAGACGCGCACAGCACAUACUUCUCAUGCAUCCUUCUCUACAUCCUUAAGUCUGGAUCUAACUAUCAAAAUAACUCUCAAGUAAGUAUAUGUUCUUCUACCAACAUGUUCUUGUGUAAUACAAACAGAUGUUAAUGUUUAUACUCGUGUCAACAAUCAGUAUUGUGUUCUGUAUCUGUAUCUGUAUCUGU